AUGGACGACGUUCCGCAGGUGGACUCCGCGGGCAAACCCCUUCACUCGCAACGAUCUUCCCCGUCACCCGCGUCGACCGUGUCUACCACGACUGCGCGGCGCGGCGAGCCGGUGCCGAAUCUGAAGCGGUUUCAGAUCUACCGGUGGAACCCGGACGAGGGCGGGAAGGCGAAGAUGGUGGAGUACACAGUGGACACCACCAAGUGCGGUCCCAUGACCCUGGACGCGCUGUUCACGAUCAAGAACACGCAGGACCCCACGCUCGCCUUCCGGCGCAGCUGCCGUGAGGGCAUCUGCGGGUCGUGCUCCAUGAACAUUGACGGGCAGAACACGCUCGCAUGCCUCUGCCCCAUCGACCCGCGCCCCACUGUCGCCACCACGAUCGCGCCGUUGCCGCACAUGUUUGUGAUCAAGGAUCUUGUGGUGGACCUCACGUGGCAGUACCAGCAGUACAAGUCUAUUGAGCCGUGGUUGAAGGUGAAGACACCUCCUGCAGACGGCAAGGAGAACAGGCAGACCAUAGAGGACCGGGAGAAGCUGGACGGACGCUAUGAGUGCAUCCUCUGCUUCUGCUGCACGGCUGGCUGCCCCUCCUACUGGUGGAACCAGAACAAGUUCCUGGGGCCUGCUGCUCUCAUCAACGCCAGCAGAUGGGUGUUUGACAGCCGGGACGAGAACACGUCUGAGCGUCUGGAUCAGCUGGCAGAGAAUGACCGGCUGAUGCCGUGCCACACCAUUAUGAACUGCGCGCGCACCUGCCCCAAGCACCUGAACCCUGGCAAGGCCAUCUCGCAGAUGCGCGCCAUGCAGGUGCUGCAGCGCGUGGGGGUGAACAGGCCUGAAAAGGUUCCUGAUAUAAUGCCUUCAAACUGA